GUUGGGGCCAGUGAAUGGUCCUCUGGCGCUCCCUAAACUCCUGGAGCUGCCAGCCCUGCACAGUCUACAUCACCUGGAUCUGGAGAACAGUAAACUGGGGGACAGUGGGGCUGAGGGUCUGGCAGGAGUUGUGCUGUCUCUCUCCUCUCUGCAGAUUAUCAAUCUGUCCCAGAACUGUAUAGGAGACCAGGGAAUAGAGAGUCUGGCUCCUGCUCUGUCUACCCUCCCCUCGCUGCACUGUCUCAGUCUGUACAGUAAUGUGAUAUCUGACGGGGGUGCUGAGAGUCUGGCUGCUGUUUUACCUCAGAUGACAUCACUCAGUGACCUGGACGUCAAGUACAACAGUUUCACGGCCCUGGGAGCUCAGAGUCUGGCUUCCAGUCUGAGGGACUGUCCAUGGAUCAAGAGUCUGGGAAUGUGGAAUGUGUGUAUUCCCUACGGAGUGUUAGAGAGACUGCAACAACAGGACCCACGGAUACAGCUGCUCUAGAACAUUGUUGUGUUGUUCUAACAGAACCCCAGAGGAUACAGCUGCUCUAGAACAUUGUUGUGUUGUUCUAACAGAACCCCAGAGGAUACAGCUGCUCUAGAACAUUGUUGUGUUGUUCUAACAGAACCCCAGAGGAUACAGCUGCUCUAGAACAUUGUUGUGUUGUUCUAACAGAACCCCAGAGGAUACAGCUGCUCUAGAACAUUGUUGUGUUGUUCUAACAGAACCCCAGAGGAUACAGCUGCUCUAGAACAUUGUUGUGUUGUUCUAACAGAACCCCAGAGGAUACAGCUGCUCUGUUCUGUGUUCCUGGACACCACUGUACUGUGUUCUGUGUUCUGUGUUCCUGGACACCACUGUACUGUGUUCUGUGUUCUGUGUUCUGUGUUCCUGGACACCACUGUACUGUGUUCUGUGUUCUGUGUUCUGUGUUCUGUGUUCCUGGACACCACUGUUCUGUACUGUGUUCCUGGACACCACUGUUCUGUGUUCCUGGCCACCACUGUUCUGUGUUCCUGGACACCACUGUUCUGUGUUCUGUGUUCCUGGACACCACUGUUCUGUACUGUGUUCCUGGACACCACUGUUCUGUACUGUGUUCCUGGACACCACUGUUCUGUACUGUGUUCCUGGACACCACUGUUCUGUGUUCCUGGACACCACUGUUCUGUACUGUGUUCCUGGACACCACUGUUCUGUGUUCCUGGACACCACUGUUCUGUGUUCCUGGACACCACUGUUCUGUGUUCUGUGUUCCUGGACACCACUGUUCUGUGUUCUGUGUUCCUGGACACCACUGUUCUGUACUGUGUUCCUGGACACCACUGUUCUGUACUGUGUUCCUGGACACCACUGUUCUGUUCUGUGUU